AACAAAAUAGUGAUACAAAAAUUUUGAAAACCAUAAAUUUUAGUGUCUUCUCUGCAUAUUUUUUUUCGUAUUUAUUCCUCUGCAAUUUUUCUCUACGAAAAUGUUGUAAGAAUACAAUUGGAACUUGCUGGAUUAGCACCUAUAAUAAAUUUAUUUUAUUUUGGUUUUUUUUUUGUUAACAUUUUUUGUGAUUUUGUUUUGAGUGAAAGUGAACGAUACGCCGCGAAGACGUGCCCAGCCAAUUUGAUAAGCCAAUAAUAGAAAAGGAAAUCAGAUUUCUGAAUCAUGGGCCUAAAGCAGCCAUCGAUGCUGCUGCCAUGGACGAUAUUGCUUCUUCUGCUGGGCAGCACUAGGGGAGCCAUCGACAAGGACGAAGGCAAGGUGAAGCUCAACAUCUCGGCCGCCAGUGUUACGGAUAACAAUCAAAAUCACAAUGUCAUCAACUUGAGUCUGCACACAGGACUCGUCGAUGCGGAUCGCGAUCUGUCUAUCGAUUUAUCGCGCGCUCAACGUCUGCGCGAUAAUCUCAACGUGUUCGAUUUAUCGCAGCUGGCAGCCGCAUGGCCAGCCUUGAUGGCAGAAUCCAAAUUGUCCACGAACUGCACCAAGGAUAUGCGCAGUUAUUUUCAUGGCCUCACUGAGACCAAAAUGUGGGCUAUAAAAAUGGACGAUGCUUCCGGUCAUUACACAUCCGGUUUCUUCUAUGGUAACAACUAUUGGAUGGGUUCGUUGGCCCUUUGCGAUGCCAUUGACGAUGCCAUCGAUUCGGAUUCCAGCAAGGACACCAGUAACACCAAAAGCAACAACAACAAUGGAUUGCCCUUCGCCAAGGCCCACACCCAGGCCUAUAGCAGUGUAUCCAAUGCUCCGCCACCGUUUCUUCCUGGCUUCUAUGUGAUCAAAAUGCAGUUAAAUGAGACGUUGCCAACUUAUGUGCUGCGCACCAUUUAUGUGGGCAUGUGUCUGCCCUCCAGCUGCAGCAUUCCCGAUGUCCAUCUGAUGACCAAUCAUGCCCAUUUGACUGUACCCACCCGGGAAUUGGUGGUGCUGGAUAUACGAGUGCCAACCGACAAGGAGUUUAACAUUUGGUCGGACAAGACCUUUUGUUUGUUAGUUGUUGUGUCGAGCAUAGUUUUGGGCUUGAUUUGCUGUGGCACACUCUAUGAGAUCUAUUUGACGCGACGCCUGCAGGAGGCACUGCGUCGCCAGGACAAGGAAAUGAUGAACAAUAGUGAGACCAGCUCGGGAAUCGGGUGUGCCUCAUCCGAUUACAGCGACACAAUGAUGGCCCACGAUGACCCGCUGAAGCAAUCUUCCCAUACGCAAUCGAACUCGCUGAAGCAAUUGGACCAACUGGUCCUGAAUUUGCCGCCUCCAUUGAGCAAUGGCGGCGACAAUGACAGCGGCAAUGGACAUCAUGAGCACGAGCAUGAUCACGAUCACCAUCAUGGCAGUAAUAACAAUAGCAACUCGGACGAACAUCUCGAGGGGCAUCUGCAUGAGCCCGAAAAGCUGAGCAUCUACUCGGAGUUGCUGCUCUCCUUCUCGGCCAUUACCAAUUUCAAUGCGAUCUGUGAUCGGAAUGUGGGUGCCGACACGAUACCCUGCAUUCACGGAUUACGCGCCUUCAGCAUGGCCUGGGUGAUAUUGGGCCACACCUGCAUUGUGGUCUUCAAGUAUUCCGACAAUAUGGAAAUGCGCAAAGAGGUGGAACAGAAUUUCUUCUUCCAGGCCGUCACCAAUGGUCCGUUCAGUGUCGAUACGUUCUUCUUUAUUAGCGGAUUUCUCAUCUCGUAUCUGUAUUUCCGGACCAAUGCCAAGGGCAAGCUCAAUAAGCUGAGCAAAGGUGCAAAUGAAUUCACCGCCGGAACGGCUCACUUUUUGGGUUUAGUUGCCUAUCGGUUUAUGCGUCUAACCGCUCCAUAUAUUUUCGUCCUGGGCGUCGUUCAGGUGACAAUGAAAUAUUUGGCUACCUAUUCCAUCUUUGAUCCCCCGACUAUGGAUCACAUUACCUGCCCGGACUAUUGGUGGCGUAAUAUUCUAUAUAUAAACACACUAUUUCCAGUUGAUGAAAUGUGUAUGCUCUGGAGCUGGUAUCUGGCAAAUGAUACACAAUUCUAUAUGAUCGGCGCCAUCAUUUUGAUUGUGGGCGUGCGUCACUUUAAGCUGUCUGCGAUAACAACAUUGAUAUUCUUGGUGCUCUCAUGGAUAACCACAGCCGUUAUAGCCUUCACGAACAAUCAUCGGCCCAAUACCGAUGAUCCAUUGGCUCUCUUCGAUAAGAUAUAUGACAAACCUUGGACUCGUUUGGGCCCCUAUCUUAUUGGCAUGGCCGUGGGCUGGAUUCUCUUCAGGACAAAUUGUAAGAUCCGUUUGCCCAAAUUGACAGUGGCCACCGCCUGGAUAUUGGCCAUGUUGAAUCUGUUUCUGCUGGUCUUUGGACUGUAUCGGGCCGAUCUGUCACAGUUCACGGCUGCUGCCUAUAGCUCGUUGAGUCACUCGGCAUGGGCGCUGUCGUUGGCCUGGAUAACAAUAGCCUGCUCUACGGGCUAUGGCGGUUAUAUUAACUCAUUGCUGUCGGCCCCCUGCCUGUAUCCCUUCUCAAGGGUCACCUAUUGUGCUUACCUAGUGCAUCCCAUUGUCAUACGCUCUAUGGCACUCAACUCGGAUGCUCCGCUUCAUUUGGGAGGAGACAUGAUGGUUGUCAUGUUCUUUGGCCUGACAGUGAUUUCUUAUUUCCUAUCAUUUGCUGUCUCCAUGUCCUUUGAGGCGCCAGUUGUCACAAUGCUGAAAAUCUUGUCACCUAGUCGAAAGAAACGUCUCGCUUAAGUUUGCAAAAAUGCUUGUAAAUUUGUAAAAUCUAUGUCUUUUCCCGUUUAUUUAUGCAUAAUAUCAUCUAUAUUCCUAUGUAUAUCAAAGCAAUGUCCACAUAUUUAUCGCAUCAAUUCAUACAUAACCUCACUUUCACUAUGUACUUUCUACUUUUUACUUUUUCGCUCCUCCUUACUAUUUCUUCUUCAUACAUUCAUACAUAUAUUUGCCUUAAUUCUACAAUUUCAACUCCUUUAAUUUUUUUUUUUUGUUUAAUUAUAUGUAUCGUGUUUCUUAAUGUGUACAUUUUAGUCUUUUAAUUUAUUCCAAAGGUUUGGAACAAUUUUUGUGCGUGACGAAAACUUAUACAUAGUACUUAAUAGUUAAUAAUUAUAAAACGAACACAAAAUCUCUAGUACCUAAUUUUAUAAAUUCAUAUUGUAUAUAUAUAUACACUAUAUGAUACACACUAUAUAUUGUUAUGUAUGUAUAAAAUAAAAACGAAAACGUUUAAAUAAAAACUGCUACCAAAUGAAAA